AUGCCAGAAUUGUUUGAAAAUGCACUUGGAAGAGUCGGAGGUGCCAAACUACCAAACUCUCUUCACCUUUUAACUCAUGAAGCUAGGAUCAUCAAGUUGCUAUCAGAUGGAAGACGUCAACUAGAUUACAUCACUGCAGACCAGCAACAAGCAUUGCUUCACAUGAAAGCCAAAUUAGCUGAGGAAAAUAUCCACAAGAUUCAAGAAGCCGACCUACCUGAAAAUCAAAUCCUUUCCUCGUCGCGCGUGAUGACCAUCCUGAAUAGAUUAAAACAAAAGACUCGAUUGAUCAACCCUCCCCAUUCAGAUAUGGAGAAUAUAAGAGAAAGAAUCCACAAGGAGUCCGCAUCUUUCUGGGACGAAAACCUCUGGGUACACUACAUCAACCCUCGAAAUCCCCUAGCUAUGUUUGGUACCAUGGGAACUUUGCCGCAUCUUACUGGUUGCCCUGUUGAUUUCAAGACAAAGCUUGUGGAAUUUUUUCAGAUUCUGGAUUUUGAUCCGAUCAGUUUUGCAAAAUCUCCUGCAGGGACAAAUCCAUGGGAAAUGGACAAUCUUCUGAGGAUGGUUGAUAGGCGAAUCAAGGACAUCAACGCUGGAAAGCUUGCGAGACCAAAGGGGUUUCUCCCAGAAGUAUUAAAUACUGUCUUUUGUGAAGAAUAUAAAGCAUUAGUCACCAAAAAACAGGUUAGAUCCUCAAAUCCCGUCAAAAUCCAUCUUCAAGUAUAA